AGUCUCAAUUAAAAUCAAGUUUCAUAUUCGAGUAGAGCAAAAUCAAUUGACUAUACUUUGCAUUUAUAUUUCAAUUUUAGAGUCUAUGUGAACUAAAGAAAGGAACUGACAACUGUUGUUGUGACUAGUCUGUUUCUAUAACUCUGAGCAAUACCGAAAUUAUAAAACGUUAGUUUUUGUUGUGUGUAGGUUAUUCUAAUGGAAACGGACAAAACGGAUAUAAUGGUGGUUUAAUUAAUCUAGAUCCGACGAAUGGAAACAACGGAGCAUACUCUAAUGGACAGAAUGGACAAAAUGGACAGGGUGGACAAAAUGGGCAGGGUGGACAAAAUGGACAAGGUGGACAAUAUGGACAAAAUGGACAAGGUGGACAAAAUGGUCAAAACGGACAGGGUGGACAAAAUGGACAAAACGGA